AUGACCAGUCCCGGGUCCUGCUCCUCCUCCUUCCCUGGCCUUGCUCCUCCUUCACUGGCCCUGCUCCUCCUCUCCUGGUCCCUCUUCUUCUCCCCUGGUCCCUCUUCUCCCCCUCUGGCCUUGCUCCUUCCCUGCUCCUCCUCCCCUGGUCCCUCUUCUCCCCCUCUGCCUUGCUCCUUCCCUGCUCCUCCUCCCCUGGUCCCUCUUCUCCCCCUCUGGCCUUGCUCCUUCCCUGCUCCUCCUCCCCUGGUCCCCCUUCUCCCCCUCUGGCCUUGCUCCUUCCCUGCUCCUCCUCCCCUGGUCCCCCUUCUCCCCCUCUGGCCUUGCUCCUUCCCUCACUGGUCCCCCUUCUCCUCUGGCCCUGCUUCUUCCCUGGUCCUGCUCCUCCCCAUGUCGCCUUUCCCUGGCCCUGCUCUUCCCUGGUCCUGCUCCUCCCCUGGUCCCCCUUCUCCUCUGGCCCUGCUCCUUCCCUGGUCCCCUUUCCUUGGCCCUGCUAUACCCUUGCCCCCCCCCCUCCUCUCCCCUCUUCUGGUCCCUCCUCCUCCUCCUCCUCCUCUGCUCCUCCUCCUUCUUUGUCCCCCCCCCUCCUCCUCUGCUCCUCGUGGGACACCGGGUCUUGUUGCCACUCGCUUUUUUAACGGCUGCUCUUGUUGUGAUGCAGUUAUGACCGCGGCCAUCCUGGAACCCCAGUGGAGCCAGUUCACGGGUCACAUGGGUCACGUGCUCCCAGAACCCCAGUGGAACCAGUACCCAGGUCAGAUAAACCCAGAACCCCAGUGGAACCAGUACCCGGGUCACAUGGGUCACAUGGGUCUCCUGAACCCGGACCCUGCAGGGUCUGUCUUCUCUGAGCCAUGGACAACGGAGCGCAGGACCACCGUAAAAGAGCUGCUGCGGCUCAAACGCCAGGUGCAGGAGGAGGGGAGUGUGAAGAGACCGAAGCUGGACCAGGGCGUCAGGACAGAGGUCCGCAGCUCUCCGCCCAUCCACCUGGAGGACAUUAGUUCGUCCUGGCACCCAGGCUGUGGAGCGCCGACGGUUGCCAUAGAGACCGGCGGCCCUGACCCUCCCCUUCCCCCCCCUCCUUACCUUCCUCCUCACCUUCCUCCUCCUCCUCCCCCCGCCGGUCAUGCCCCGGUCAUCAGCUUGUUCCAAUGGCAGGUCCAACAGCAGCUCCGCAGGAUCAAGGGUGUCCCAGCAGAGGUUCUCACCAUGAGGGACGCGGACGGAGACACACCGCUCCACAUCGCCGUAGCUCAGGGGAAGCGUGCUCUGGCGUACGUUCUGGCCGCCCACAUGUCUGUGAGCGGGACCCUGGACACGCAGGAGCACAACGGACAGACGGCUCUACACAUUGCGGCGGCCACAGACCAGGCCCUGAUCAUCAAUGACCUCCUGGAGCAUGGAGCGCAGUUACACAUUCGAGACACAUGGGGGCGCUCUCCUCUGCACGUGUGCGUUGAGAAGAGACAUGUUCGCAGCCUGCUGGCUGUGUUCAGAACCCUUCAAAACCUGCAAAAAGAAGUGGAUGUGGACAUGGUGAACUAUGAAGGCCUGACCUGUCUGCAUGUGGCUGUCCUGGCCCACGGCGCUGUCCUGAGACAAGUCUCUGCUUCAGGAGGAGACCUGGGUCCAGAGGGGAGCAUGUGCAGUAAAGAGGCUCUGCUGCAGAGAGCCCGGCGGGCUGCAGACUGUGUCCGAGCCCUGCUGCACAUGGGCGCCUCCUGUGGGGUGAAGGACCCAAAAAGCGGGCGCACAGUCGUGCACAUGGCUGCAGAGCACGGGGAUACGCAGCUUCUGCGCCUGCUGCUGCAGCAGCCGUCUGCCCUGGCAGAGCUCAACACGCCGACCUUCAGCGGGAACACGGCCCUCCAUGUCCUGUGUGGCCUGCAGUCCUGUGAGCGUCAGCUGGAGGGGGUGAAGAUGCUGCUGAGGAGAGGGGCCGAUCCCGGCGCCCGUAACCUGGAGAAUGAGCUGCCGUACCAGCUGCUGCCUGAAGGGGGAGCUGCAGAGAAGGUGCGGCAGGUCCUCAAGAUGAGCCAUGUGCACAUGUGA